GCUUGCUAAUCGCGGUCAUUCCGCAUUCACUCGCUCGCUAGAAUCACAUCGCUGUUCGUACGCUCAGUUCGAAUUUGGCGCGCAACCGGUACCGGUCAGGCAGCAGCGACUUGCGCGCCCUUGCAGAAGUUUUAAAACGAAACCAAGUGAAGGACCGUAAACUUUUGUUUGUUGUGUUGUGUUUACUUUUUUAUUUUCGAAGUCACCGAACUGGUUUAACUUUAUUAAAGAAGACUUUAGUGUAGUGUAAAUUAUAGUAAAGUAUUGUAAUAAUAGAUAGUAAAUACCGUGCCAACGGCUAUAUUGAUGGUAUCUCCGGCGACGCGUACGCUUACGCCCCAAUAGUAGUACAUCGUACUAUAAACAAGUUAACGUAGUAUUUACUUACAAUGGACGGCGAAAGGAAAAUCCAUAUGAGCGAGGGUGUCCCAUUGAACUCACCAGGUGCGGCUAACAUUUUUCUGAAUACUGGUAAAAAUACGAAAGUAAAUUCACCCGAAGGGACUGUCAUACAUCUCAAUACAGAGAAACCGUCAGAUCUCGGCGUGCAUAUAAAUACGACGUUCUCAAUAGCGUCUUCCAAGAAAAUAAAGCUUUUGUUCGUGUUGAAUUUUGUGUUGAGCGUUACAUGUAUGGUUAUAAGUUGUUCCAUAGCGUUCUUCUACUGGAACGAAAUGAUAUCGAUGAGGAGAGAGCUGGACAUGAUAAAGGACCAUUUUAUCAUACAUAACUUAAACCAGGACAGACUGGUGCAAAGUGCUCUGGUGGCGCGCCCAAGGCCGUCGAGUCUCGCCGAAGCGCGGGAGCCACGAGCGAGGUCAUUCGAAGACGACGAAGUCCCGCAAAAUGCCAGGAAAUACUAUGUCGAGGACCUGGGAGAAGACAUGUUGCUGGUAGACUCCAAGAAAAAAAAUGCAAGCAAAGACAAUGCUCCUGUUUAUGACUUAACAUUACUACAAAAAGAAUUAGUGGUGGCUCAAUUCAAUGGUGCUAUCCGAGAGUUCAAUUUGGGGAAAGAAUCUAUCAUGGGUCCCUGGGUACGCGACAUGGAAGUCUCGUCGAAGAACAGCGAAGACAAAAUCGAGCUGAACUCGAAUUACGUCACGAUCAAAGAAGGCGGCUUAUACUUUGUCUAUGCCCAGGUGGUGUACCUAACUAAAGCACCAAACUGCUUCUUCGUUUGGGCGCAUCUAGCCGGCAAGGAGUCUCGUUUACUCUCCACUUGCGCGACCGGCGAUGACACGAGCAAUCGCUCACUAAGCAGGUCCCAGAUGUCAUGCUCCGUUCAAACCGUCGCCAGGCUGUACAAAGGAGAUACUGUCAACAUUGCCCAAAGAGAACCGAAUAGGACAGUGUUGCUCCGACCAGGGUACAGCUACUUCGGCUUCGUCAAACUUAGUUCCUAAUAGGCUGUGAAUUAGUUAAGGUAAGGAAACUUUGAAGCAACGGGCGUUCAACUGUGAGUCAGGAUUUACGCAUACAGUGGCAACUUUACCACAGUGGUGGGGGUUAUUUUUUCUAGGUCUCAAUAUGCCUAAGAGGUCAUUGCCGGGGAAUUAAUGUGGUUUAAGGACCGAACGAUAGGAAUACCAAGAUGUGACAUAUUUUGAACUGUAAUUCUGAACUAAAUGAGACUAAGCUCAUGCUCACUGCAUUAUUGAAAAUAAUAAUCUGAAGACAGAAAGUAAUUUCCUCAGGCUCAAAUCGUACUUUACGUACUUAAAGUAAAAAUAAUAGCUAACUUAGUUCUCUAUGACUGUCUCAUUAGUUUGUUUGAAUAAUUUUCGGUAAGUUAAGUGGGGUGUGAUAUUCAUCACUGCCAGUUUCAAGAACUACUUAAAACGUAUUGCUCAAAAGCAUUUUUUGCAUUGAUUUUUGACAUGUAAUUAUACAAUUUGUAGUUUAGUUUUUAUGCAAUAUUAAUGCUGUAGGUACUAUGCUGAGUUAUAUUUAGUAUAGUCUUAAGUUACCAUUGUUUGGUAUUCACCGUGUAGACAUAAGGCAGUAGACGCAGAUAGAAUGCCGGCAACAUACACUAACUUUCGUGUUUUCGAACUAUUCUGGAUAAAAACUACAAUUUGAUUACCCUCUGUGGUCUACAGUAAUAAUAAAUUAGAGACCUUACAAUGAUCUUUAUAUACAUGAGUGUUUAACUACACAUAUAUCGUGAAUGUGUUUUUAUCCAGAAGUUGGAACAUUAUGAUGUUAUUGUAUGCACAGUAAGAAUUUGCUAUAACAUGGCAUUUAUCAAGUCUUUCGUUAAUUUCAUGGGACAUAGACACAUUAGAAUAAUCCACAUAUUCUUGCAAAAGAGAGAGCUUACGACUUCUUACGAUUAGCUAUUUAAUUUUUCAUUGGUAUGUGGAUUAUUUUAAUCUGGCCAUAAUACCCAGUUGGUGCUGAUACUAGUUAUAAGUUAAUGUUAACAGUCAAUUACAAGUAGCUAAAGCUACUAUUUAUUGUGCCUAAUAAACCCAGAAGUAGUUAGAUAAGCUUAGGUAUAUAUGUAAUUGUUUUGAAGAUGGAAACUACUACUUAUAAAAACCUCUUUGUAGAAUAGGAUUUAAUAUUUGUGUUUGUAUGUGUAUAACGUAAAACUUGAACUACAAUGAGCUUUAGAUUUUCAGUGUAAAAUAUUUAAAAAGUCAGUACGCAAAUACAUUUCCAGUUUUGUUUUCGAAAUGAUAACUGCGCAUUUAUGUUAGACUUAAUUAUGUAAAGGACUCAAGUACACAAACGACUUUGUUUGAAAAAGUAGGAUUAAUUGUUAUAGAAAUGUUUAAAACUAUUCUAAGUAUAACAAGCUCAAAAUGUACGAUAUUUUUUUAAAUCUUGUGUAUUCUGAGCUUGAUGGAACAAAACGAAUAUUCCGAUUCAUAGAUGAAUCUGAAAGUAGAAAUAACGAUAAAAUAAAACUAAGUUUUGUUUUGUGUGUCACAAGUGAUAAAAACACACAUUUGUAAUUACAUUGAGUAAUUAUUUAAUUAUAAGUUUUUAUAUAAAAAUGUGAUGUUGUUAAGAAUUAAUUGAAUAUGUAUAAUUUCUUAAAUUUUCAUUUUGUAGUUAUUUCAUUGUCUACUUAAACUUAUUUGGAAUAUGUGAUAAUACUUGUCUUUGUGUAUAAUAAUUAUUAUUUGGAGAAUUCUCCCGUCCACAAAUAAAUGUGCCAUAUGGUGCCUUACCAGUAAA